GAUAAAAAAGACAAAAUACACGAGUUCGGUUGUUGUUCUUCUUCAUCAUCUUCUUCUUCUCUCCCCUAAAACUGGAGACGAAUACACAUCACACCUCUUCCUCUGAUCUCUCUCUCUUUCUCUCUCCUCACUUUCUCUCUCCUCCUCCAUUAUUUUGACCAUCAAAACCUUUAAUGGCGGAACCAGUUGAGUUGCCAACUCGUUUAGGAAUCCUCGCUUUCAGAAACAAAGUUUUGUUACCUGGUGCUAUUAUUCGUAUUCGCUGCACUUCUCCUAGCAGUGUAAAAUUGGUGGAGCAAGAGUUAUGGCAAAGGGAAGAGAAAGGGCUAAUUGGCAUUGUUCCUGUCCGUGAUGCAGCGGAAUCUGCAUCAGUAGGACCUGUGUUGUAUCCAGGUGGAGGGACAGACUCUGGGGAACGCAAUGUAAAAAGUCACUCUGGUUUGUCAGAUUCUCGAAAGGCAGAUGGGAAAAGUCAACAAGAGGCUGUUCAUUGGCACAGCAGGGGAGUGGCUGCUCGAGCCUUACACCUUUCAAGAGGGGUGGAGAAACCAAGUGGGAGGGUUACUUACACUGUAGUAUUGGAAGGCUUGUGCCGCUUCAGUGUGCUGGAACUUAAUAGCAGAGGGAAUUAUUAUACUGCAAGAAUUUCUCCACUUGACAUCACAAAAGCAGAUAUGGACCAAGCAGAGCAGGACCCUGAUUUUGUCUCAUUAGCUCGACAGUUCAAAGUGACUGCCAUGGAGCUCAUCUCAGUUCUUGAGCAGAAACAAAAGACUGGUGGGAGGACAAAAGUUCUUUUGGAGACUGUCCCUGUACACAAACUGGCAGAUAUAUUUGUUGCAAGCUUUGAAAUAAGCUUCGAGGAGCAGCUAUGUAUGUUGGAUUCCAUUGAUCUAAAAGUUAGGCUAUCAAAAGCCACUGAAUUGGUUGACAGGCAUUUGCAGUCAAUUCGUGUAGCUGAGAAGAUCACGCAAAAAGUUGAGGGACAAUUGUCAAAAUCACAGAGAGAAUUCCUUCUGAGGCAACAGAUGAGAGCUAUAAAAGAAGAGCUUGGAGACAAUGAUGAUGAUGAGGAUGAUGUUGCCGUUCUUGAACGGAAAAUGCAAAGUGCGGGAAUGCCAGCAAAUAUUUGGAAACAUGCACAGAGGGAGUUGAGGAGACUUAAAAAGAUGCAGCCUCAGCAGCCUGGAUAUAACAGUUCUCGUGUCUACUUGGAGCUUCUUGCUGAUCUCCCUUGGCAGAAGGCUACUGAAGAGCAGAAACUAGAUCUUAGAGCUGCAAAAGAGCGUUUGGAUAGUGACCAUUAUGGAUUGGCCAAGAUCAAGCAACGUAUCAUCGAAUAUUUGGCUGUUCGUAAGCUUAAACCAGAUGCAAAAGGUCCUGUUUUGUGCUUUGUUGGCCCACCUGGUGUUGGGAAAACAUCCUUGGCCGCUUCUAUUGCUGCUGCUCUAGGCAGAAAAUUCAUACGAAUAUCUCUUGGAGGUGUAAAGGAUGAAGCUGAUAUUAGAGGGCAUAGGAGGACAUACAUUGGGAGUAUGCCAGGUCGUCUUAUUGAUGGAAUCAAGAGAGUGGGUGUCUCCAAUCCUGUUAUGCUGUUGGAUGAGAUUGACAAAACUGGCUCUGAUGUCCGUGGAGAUCCUGCUUCAGCAUUGCUAGAAGUCCUUGAUCCUGAACAGAACAAGAGUUUCAAUGACCACUAUUUGAAUGUUCCAUAUGAUCUAUCCGAAGUUAUUUUUGUGGCAACUGCGAAUAAGUUGCAGCCUAUCCCUCCUCCACUUUUGGAUAGGAUGGAAGUCAUUGAGCUGCCUGGGUAUACACCUGAAGAGAAGGCCAAAAUUGCUAUGCAGUAUCUUAUACCCAGAGUCAUGGACCAACAUGGAUUGAGUUCUGAGUUCCUUCAGAUUCCGGAGGGUAUGGUGAAACUCAUCAUCCAAAGAUAUACUAGAGAAGCUGGUGUACGAAGUUUGGAAAGGAAUUUGUCUGCCUUAGCUCGUGCAGCAGCUGUAAAAGUUGCUGAGCAAGAUAAUUUUUCAGCUGUUAGUAAAGAUUUCCAUCAGUUUUCUUCGCCAGUAGAGGAAAGCAGACUUGCUGAAGGUGCUGAAGUUGAAAUGGAGGUUAUUCCAAUGGGCGUUAACAAUCGAGAAAUUUCAAAUGCAUUGCAGGUUAUAUCGCCUCUGAUUGUGGAUGAAACUAUGCUUGAAAAUGUUCUGGGACCACCAAAGUAUGAUGAUAGAGAAACUGCAGAACGGGUUUCAAAUCCUGGGGUCUCUGUUGGUCUGGUGUGGACAGCUUUUGGUGGUGAGGUUCAGUUUGUUGAGGCUACUACAAUGGCGGGAAAAGGUGAACUGCGUUUGACAGGACAGCUUGGCGAUGUUAUUAAGGAGUCUGCACAAAUAGCUCUUACUUGGGUGAGAGCGAGGGCCAUGGAGCUGAGCUUAGUUGCUACUGGUGAAAUCAGCUUAAUGGAGGGAAGGGACAUUCAUAUACACUUUCCUGCUGGGGCUGUUCCCAAGGAUGGUCCGUCAGCUGGCGUAACAUUGGUGACAGCACUCGUCUCCCUGUUAAGUCAAAAGAGAAUGAGAGCAGAUACGGCUAUGACUGGGGAGAUGACUUUGAGGGGCCUUGUGUUGCCUGUUGGUGGUAUUAAGGAUAAGGUAUUGGCGGCACAUCGAUAUGGUAUAAAGAGAAUCAUAUUGCCUCAGAGGAAUUCAAAAGAUUUGGUUGAAGUGCCUUCAGCAGUUCUUUCUAAUCUUGAAAUAAUUUAUGCCAAGCGAAUGGAAGACGUAUUAGAACAGGCUUUUGAAGGUGGAUGCCCAUGGAGACAACGCUCAAGGUUAUGACAGAACCAAAAGAUUUAUUUAUCUUGCAAACUGUGACCGGUCAGGCAUUCCAGUCUAGCAGAGGGGUUGCAAGGCUUAAGUGUAUUCAUCUGUGGUUUUUGUCUAUGAAGACGAGAACUUCGUGACAAAGACCAGUGAGUGCUACAUGUAGUAGAGAUGAUGAGUUAGAUCAUUCCUUUUGCUCUAUUUACCUUUGAAAGCUAUAAUUAUUAGUCUUGUAAAUUGUACAGAAGCCCUGUACCGUCUCAUAAUUACAGCUCUAAAGCUUUACCUUGUAAAUUUUAGUAUAAGCUAUACUUGGCAGCUUUUGAUUAAUGAAGUUUAUACGAAGUAUGUCUUUGAUUUA